AGCUGUUUCAUCAAUAUGCUUCAUAAGAACUCAGCCCGAAUGUCAGAGGAAGAUAGAAGGUGUCAGGCUCAGAUAACAGUCUCCUUUUAUGAAGAGGAAAACCGGCGGAACUGGAAAGAGAAGAAUGGGGAUUUGAGUUCACAAUAUUCCAACCCAAUCGCAGAAGACAGGAAAACACAUGGAUACUCCGAUAUCAUGCAAAGUGUAAGUAACCCAUCUGUAAUGCAGCGGAGAAUGACAGUGCUACGGGAGAAAGGAAGGAGACAGGCCGUCCGUGGUCCAGCAUUCAUGUUCAAUGACAGGGGCACAAGCCUUACUCCAGAAGAAGAACGUUUUCUGGACGCAGCUGAAUAUGGGAACAUACCUGUUGUUCGGCGAAUGCUGGAAGAGAGCAAGUCACUGAAUGUUAAUUGUGUUGAUUACAUGGGGCAGAAUGCCCUUCAGCUAGCAGUUGGAAAUGAACAUUUGGAAGUAACUGAGCUCCUUCUAAAGAGGGAUAAUUUGGCUCGAAUUGGUGAUGCAUUAUUGCUUGCUAUCAGUAAGGGAUAUAUACGAAUUGUGGAAGCAAUUUUGAAUCAUUCUGGAUUUGAGCCCAGUAAUCGACUGGCCCUCAGUCCUUGUGAGCAAGAAAUGCAAGAUGAUGAUUUUUAUGCUUAUGAUGAAGAUGGCACUAGAUUUUCUCCAGAUAUCACUCCAAUCAUUCUGGCUGCCCAUUGCCAAAAAUACGAGGUGGUUCAUAUGUUGUUGAUGAAAGGAGCACGAAUUGAGAAACCUCACGAUUAUUUCUGUAAAUGCAAUGAAUGUAUGGAGAAACAAAAGCAUGAUUCAUUUAGUCACUCCAGAUCAAGGAUCAAUGCGUACAAAGGAUUAGCAAGCCCUGCCUAUUUGUCUUUGUCUAGUGAAGAUCCAGUACACACAGCACUGGAACUUAGUAAUGAAUUAGCCAAGUUGGCAAAUAUUGAAAAAGAAUUUAAGCUUAAAAACAAGAAAAAUGAAUUGGUAAAGUGUCCACACAGCGUGACAUCAUCGAAUGACUACCGGAAGUUAUCUAUGCAAUGCAAAGAUUUUGUUGUUGGUGUUCUUGACCUGUGCCGAGACAGUGAAGAAGUUGAAGCUAUUCUGAAUGGUGACAUGGAAGCUGAGCAGGAUGAAGGACACCACAGUCAAAGAGCAGGAUUAACACGUGUCAAACUGGCCAUUAAGUAUGAAGUCAAAAAGUUUGUUGCACACCCAAAUUGCCAACAGCAACUACUCACAAUAUGGUAUGAAAACCUUUCAGGGUUGCGGGAGCAGCCCAUAGCUAUGAAAUGCCUUGUGGUGCUCGUUAUUGCACUUGGGCUCCCAUUUCUUUCAAUUGGCUAUUGGAUUGCACCUUGCAGCAAGCUGGGGAAGAUGCUAAGAAGUCCCUUCAUGAAGUUUGUGAUGCAUGCAGCAUCCUUCAUCAUCUUUCUGUGUUUACUAGUAUUUAAUGCCUCUGACAGAUUUGAAGGCAUCAAAACCUUACCCAAUGUCACUGUUAUCGAUUACCCUAAACAAGUCUUCAGAAUGAAAACUACUAUGUUUACCUGGACGGAAAUGCUAAUUAUGGUGUGGAUACUGGGAAUGAUGUGGACUGAGUGUAAAGAAAUCUGGACAGAAGGACCACGGGAAUACAUUUUCCAAAUGUGGAAUCUUUUAGAUUUUGGAAUGUUAUCCAUUUUUAUUGCUGCAUUUACAGCAAGAUUUCUGGCAUUUCUGGAAGCUUCUAAAGCACAGCAGUAUGUAGAUGAACAUGUUGAGGAGAACGAUCUAUCACUUGUAACACUUCCACCAGAAGUUGAAUAUUACACUUAUGCCAGAGAUAGAUGGGUUCCUUCUGAUCCUCAGAUCAUAUCGGAAGGCCUCUAUGCAAUAGCUGUUGUUCUUAGUUUUUCACGAAUCGCUUAUAUUCUGCCUGCAAAUGAAAGUUUUGGUCCAUUACAAAUUUCCCUUGGAAGGACAGUGAAGGACAUAUUCAAAUUCAUGGUCAUUUUUAUUAUGGUAUUUCUUGCUUUCAUGAUUGGGAUGUUUAUCCUGUAUUCCUACUAUCUUGGUGCAAAAGUAAAUCCAGCCUUCACAACAGUUGAAGAAAGUUUCAAGACACUAUUCUGGUCAAUCUUUGGUUUGUCUGAAGUAUCUUCUGUUGUCCUCAAAUAUGACCACAAAUUCAUUGAGAAUAUUGGAUACGUUUUAUAUGGAAUAUACAACGUCACUAUGGUGGUGGUCUUGCUCAACAUGCUGAUUGCCAUGAUCAAUAGCUCAUAUCAAGAAAUUGAGGAUGAUGCAGAUGUGGAAUGGAAAUUUGCUCGAUCAAAGCUAUGGCUUUUCUACUUUGACCAUGGGAAAACCUUACCCCCUCCAUUCAGUCUUGUGCCUACUCCAAAAUCGUGCAUUAGUUUAAUACUAAAAAUCAAAAACUGUCUCAUUGAUCUAUUCAAAUGCAGAAGGAAAAGAUUGAAGAGAGAUGUAGAGAUUGGAAUGUUGAAUUCAAAGUCUAGGCUGAAUCUUUUUGCGCAGUCAAAUCUAAGGAUUUCAGAAACUCAAAGUUUCAACAGCAUUAUGAAUCAACCAACAAGAUAUCAGCAAAUAAUGAAACGACUGAUCAAACGAUAUGUCUUGAAAGCUCAAGUUGAUAAAGAAAAUGAUGAAGUUAAUGAAGGUGAACUGAAAGAAAUUAAACAGGAUAUCUCAAGUCUUCGAUAUGAACUUCUAGAAGACAAAUCUCAAGCAACUGAGGAGCUGGCUUUCCUCAUUCAAAAGCUUGGUGAAAAACUGAAUACCUGUCUGACGAAACAAAAACACCAGUGACUUAACUUGAAAAUGGACUUUCUAUUUAUCAAUGUAUAGAAACAAGAAACAGCACAAUUUAAUGCAAUAAUGUUUAUAAAUUAUAAAUUUGAGAGACAGUAUAAUAAAGCAUUUAGUAUCUCUUGUCCACAAUAGGUAAUUACUGUAAUAAACUUGUAAUUCAUGUAGAGCAGUGAGAAAUACCCUAGAUUUACAAUUUUGGAUUGCCUAAAAUUCACUUUGUAGCAUUUUAUAAGACGUUGCUAUCAUUACUAAGGAACUAAAGUACAAAACAAACAGUAUUCUAACUUCUAGCUCUUUGAAGGUCAUGUUGACUAUUUUGUGAUCACAUCAGAAAUUAUGACUUACUUUAUUAAUACUAAAAUUGCAUACUAGAUUUAGCUAUGUGCAAAUCAACAUAGCUUAGCUUAGUCUCUUUUAUGAUGUUCUCUACCAAACAUGUGGCAGUCACUGAACUGAAAUACAAAUAGAUCAGUAUUUACUGCAAGAACUUGUCAUGGUCUGCUAUUUACUGUUUUGAUAUUACAGGCAAGCUAAAUUUUUACACCAAUCACUGACUAAUAUUUGUUAUUAACAGUAAUUCAGAACCAUUUAAUCUAAUACUCCAGUCAUGCAAAACUCCUGAA